AUUUUGGCGAGUCGGUCCAUCCUUCGUCAACCAACCUCUUCAACCAGAACCUGACGUUGCAGUCUCCGCCCAACUUGCGGUUAAAUCGAUUGUUUCUCUUGUUCAGAUAAUAAUCUACAACGUCUAUUCAAAAUGAAGUACCUCGCUGCCUACCUUCUCCUCGCCCUUGCCGGCAACGAGACCCCCUCCGCUGCCGACAUCAAGUCCGUCCUCUCCUCCGUCGGUAUCGACGCUGAGGGUGACCGUCUUGACAAGGUCAUCGCUGAGCUCGAGGGCAAGAACCUCCAGGAGCUCAUCUCCGAGGGCUCUACCAAGCUCGCCUCCGUUCCCUCCGGUGGUGCUGGUGCUGCCGCUCCCGCCGCCGCCGCUGCCGGUGGUGCCGCUGCUCCCGCUGAGGAGAAGAAGGAGGAGAAGGUUGAGGAGGAGUCCGAUGAGGACAUGGGAUUCGGACUCUUCGACUAA